AUGUUCACUGGGUUGAUAGAACACCUUGGAACGGUCCAUGAUAUCCAGCGCGAUGCUGGAGGCUGCACGCUCACCAUCUCCGACUCUGCGCCCAUCUUGGGGGACUGCCACAUUGGCGACUCGAUUGCGGUCAAUGGUGCCUGCUUGACUGUAACAGAAUUUGACCCAGAGAAGGAAGGCGGGUUCUUCAAGGUCUGGCUGGCGAAUGAGACGCUGGAUAGGACCGAUCUAGGCGAACGUAAGGUCGGCGAUCAAGUGAACCUUGAACGUGCAAUGGGAGCCCAUGUGCGGUUCGGGGGGCACUUUGUGCAGGCACAUGUAGAUACAACUGGUACCGUCGUGGAUCGCUCCACGGAUGGCGAUUCUCUGCGCAUGACCUUCCAACUCCCCGAACCCACCCCAUCGCGGCCAUCCUUACUGCCAUACCUGAUCCCCAAGGGCUAUGUCACCCUCGACGGCACAUCGCUCACAAUUACCGGCGUCGACGACGAAAAGAGGCAGUUCAGCAUCAUGCUGAUCCAGCACACACAGCAGAAGAUCACGCUGAGCAAGAAACCGGUGGGGGCUACAGUGAAUAUCGAGGUGGACAUGGUUGGGAAAUAUGUACACAAAAGCGUCGUAGCUGCACUCGGCGGUGGGGGAGACGAAGGUAUCAAAGCCUUGAUAGAGAGGGCGGUAGAGGAUGCUCUGGCAAGAAAAGGGAUUCAAUAG